AUGGACUACUUGAAAUGUGUCAUCAAAGAGAGCUUACGAUUGCAUCCGCCUCUACCAACUUUGCUAACAAGAAAUUCUUCAGCUAAUGUCAAAAUAAAAGGUUACGACGCCCCAACAAAUACAGGAGUAUUUGUGAAUGUUUACACGAUUCAAAGAGAUCCUAAAGUGUGGGACAAACCAGAGGAGUUUUAUCAUGAGAGAUUUGAAAAUAAUCCUAUUGAUUUUAAAUGGCAAGAUUUCCAGUUUAUCCCAUUUGGGUCUGGAAGAAGAGGGUGUCAUGGGGUGUCAUUUGGCCUUGCAGUGGUGGAAUUUGUUCUCGCCAACCUCUUGCAUGGGUUCGACUGGGGAUUGCCUGGUGAUGCUAACAUGUUGGAGAACUAG